UGGUUUCUUCAGACGUAUCGAGAAAAAAAAAUCCUCUCUGAUUCAGCUAGACUAGGAGGCGUGCCCAGUUGAAGAUUUCUGAAUCAAGAAAUCGAAAGUAAACGUGUGACGGUGGAGAGGGAACCUUGUACCCUGUUUUUUUUAAAUCGCUCGAUUGAAGUAGAGAUCCCGUAGAGAAAGAGAAUAAACCCGACGUUUAUUGCGAAAUAAAUCCUACCCUGCACACUUCCAGACGGGAAGCGGCUGAAAGUUGCCAAAAGAUUUAAACUGACAUCAUAUCUGUAUAUCCCCAAUGGGAACUCAGAAACCUCUCAUUGUGCCCUGGCUGAUAGAGCAGUUGGAUAGCCAGCGAUAUCCAGGUGUGUCUUGGCUCAACUCAGAAAAAACACUUUUCCGACUGCCAUGGAAGCAUGCCUCACGGCAGAACCACAACCCAAUGGAUUUUCAGAUCUUUGAGGAUUGGGCCAUUGUUAGACACCUUUACAACCCAGAAUCGGAUCCUCGGACCCCUUCAGAUUGGAAGAGGAACUUCCGCUCUGCUCUGAACCGAAAAGAUGGUAUUGAGAUGGUGGAGAAUAAUAGUACUGACUCUGAAGAUCCUCACAAAGUCUAUAAAAUCAACCUUAAAAUUGCCAACUUAAAUAAUCCAACUGAAGAGGUCAGUGACGCCCCAUUGAUUCCAGCUGAAAGUAGAAGGUCAUGGGGAUCAAGUUCAUCGUUUAGUCAGGGUGAAACACAGGAGAAUGUGCUGAGUUCCGUGGAUCAUUCCAGUUCUGAUAAUGGAGAAGACUAUCUAAUGUGGUAUCAAACUCUAUCUCUGUCCAAAUUAGAUCCGGUUAGUUCUAUAUCAUCAGUGGCUUUAUUGGAACAAACUGAUGGAACCAAUGAAUUUGUUCCAUAUUCAGGAAUAGCACCAGAAAAUAUAAUUUCCUGUGGAAGCCCACCUUCAUCCAAUUUAGAAUUGUAUCCACCCAUUGCCGUGAUCUCACCAUUGGACCAACUGAUAACAACUCCGUUUGAGACAGAUUUUGAGGUUUGGACUUUUUAUCGGGGUCGUCAGGUCUUACAUAAAUUGAUCAAUAAAGUGAAUUCACAAGGCCUGUGCUUUGUGCCUCCUGGUGUCUCUGGCAAUUAUCCUGAUUUGGAGGACGUCUCAUUGCCUGACCCCACCACUUUGAGCGAUAAACUGCAAGCAAAUUACACUCUUCGCCUUCUCAAAGGAGUGGCUCCAGGUGUGCUUCUCCGUAUCAUGGGAAACCAACUGUGUGGCAUGCGCAAAGGUGUUUGCCAUGUCUAUUGGAGCCAAUCUGAAAUUCCGGGAGAUGGGAUACUGCAUGGAAAUCUACUGAAGGAACAGUUUACUCCCAUCUUCAAUCUGCAGGUUUUCAUAUCAGAAUUGAUUGGGUACAUUGAAGGGUGCAAUGGUUGUCCUAAUUACACUUGGUGGUUAUGCUUUGGGGAAGAGUGGCCUGAUUCCAAUUGUAACUGGAAGAAAAAACUGAUCGUGGUACAAGUAGUUCCCAAGGUUUUAGAAACUCUUUGUGAACUAGGCAAAAGUCAUGGGGCAUCAUCAUUAAAAGAUAAUGAACCAGACUUAAGGAUUUCAGAUUCUCUACAACAACAAUAUCUUCUGGAGCAGCUCCGAAAGUGGGAAGAAAAGAUGGAUACAGUUUAGAAACUAGCUACACUGUACUGUACUGCACGUUGCAUUCUUCUAUUCUACAGCAGAAUGACAUUUUGUCUUUCCUGUGAAAAGGUGAAACACCAAGAACUGAAAUGUAGCCUGAUUCUAUUGGACUUUUUGAGUUAAAUUGUUUCCCUCCUCCUGCCAGCCUACAUACUGUCUAAAUGUUUAAAAGUUUUUUUUUAUGUAUUUGAUCUAAUUAAACAUUGCUUCAUAUUAUCUUGA